AUGGCCCUUGACAUGCUGUUUAAUACAGCAGGUUUCCCAGGAAGCACAGGCACACGAGGAAGACCAGGACACGUGGGAGAACAGGGAGAACCUGGAGUGAAAGGACCCCCAGGACCCAGUGGAAAGCCUGGACCUUCAGGACCAACCGGCCCAGCUGGGGAGAGAGGACCUCCAGGACUACAAGGAAGACAGGGCGAUCCUGGACCUCAAGGAAUAGAUGGAGCACGUGGUCCUCCAGGGCUGAAGGGAGCUGAUGGGAUGAUGGGGAGACCAGGGCCUGAUGGCAGUAAAGGAGUUCCAGGAGAUCCAGGCCCAAGAGGGCCUCCAGGUAUCCCAGGAUCUCAAGGUGAAAAUGGGUUGCCUGGACCAGCUGGGGAGAGAGGAGAGAAGGGAAUACUGGGUCCGCUUGGUGAAAUGGGGCCUUCUGGACUUGAAGGUGAACAGGGUCCACCAGGCCUAGGUGGACCAGAGGGGCCAUUGGGGAGAAAAGGGGAUCAGGUCAGGGAGAACGAGGCCUCUGUGGUAACAUUGGUCCUCAGGGACAGAAAGGAGACAGUGGUCCACAGGGUACAAAAGGUCUGCAGGGUCCACCUGGACCACUGGGUAAAGAGGGAGAUGUUGGGAAACCUGGAGAUCCUGGUGACCCUGGGUCUAAAGGGGAAAAGGGUGAAAGAGGCCCACAGGGGAUUACUGGUUUAGAAGGGCCCUGGGGAGCUGUAGGGGAAAGAGGAGAGAGGGGACCAAAAGGGGACAAGGGCAACAUUGGCCUUCUGGUGAGAGCAAAAAUACUGUAGAUGUGCUUGUUUAUCUGCAGAAAAGGUGUUUUAUGUUUAUAAGAAGAUAACUCUGUCCAUCCUAUCCUCAGGGUGAGCCAGGUCUUAUGGGUGGAAUUGGAUUGGCUGGGUUGAAAGGACUCCCCGUGAGUGGAUUUCUUAUUUAUUUAUUUAUUUAUUUAUUUAAUUUGCAUAAAUUAGGAUUGUUUUGAAACAAUGAGAUUCAUACUUAACAACGUUGUUAAAGUUGAUCUUAACAAACUAAUAAUUUUUUUCUUUUCUUUUUUUUUUUUUUUGUACCAAGGGUGAAGUGGGACCACCAGGGCCAGUAGGGGCAAAUGGUCCACCAGGGGAAAAGGUACUAAAUUUAUUUGACAGCUUUGCAUUCAGCCCUGAAAUCUAUGUACUCUGCUGUCAGGAAACUCCAAUGUACAUUAAGUCGAUGAUGCCAUAAAAAUGUGCUGCUGCAGCUUUAAUGUGCACAAAACUAAAUCAUACCCUUUGUGGGGGAAAAAAAGUAUUGAGUGGUGAAGACACUUUUUGUUGGUCCUUUGUACAUUUGGUGUGUAUAUUUCACUUAUAUGAAAAUAUAUGCAGUGUACCUUCAGCUCAUUUCAUGAACAUAAUUAGACCUCAAGGACCACUGAUGUAACUUUUAUGUACGUUUCUACUGUCUGUACCUUUAGAAGAAAAAUGUACCUGAACAGGACUUUAGAUAAUGAAGCACCUCAUGAACCUGGCUUGUAACACACUUACUCAAACAGUCACUCGCUCAUUCAGUCAGUCAGUCAGACACUCGGUCACUCAGUCACAGUCGGUCAGUGACUCACUCACUCUGUCAUUCACUUAGUCACUCACACAUUUACUCACCUACUGACUCAGUGAGUCAUUCACCCAGGCAGUCAGUAAUUCACUCAGACCACUGGUUCAAUUAUUCACCUAUUCACUUAAUCACUGAAUUAAACAGUUAUUCCCUCAGCCACUCACUCAGUCAGUCACUCACUUAGUCAGUCAGUCACUCACUUACUCACUUACAGUCAGUCACUUACUCAUUCACAUUUAUCGGGUUAAAUUCUCCAUAGAGGAAACUUCUACUCUAGUGGAUAUUAUUUAUUUGACCAUUACUGGCAACAGCAUAUGCAUGUCUUUAGGUUUGAAUUAAUUUUGAACGAUCCCAGUGAUUUACUGCACUCAUUAACCAAACUUUACAGAUUUAAAGCUGCCAAUUAUCUAUAAACAGAUAUAUAAAACAGUAUUUAGGGCAGUCAC